GUAAAGAAGGCUGUUCAAGCACUGCAGGCUUUUCAGAAGACGAAGUCUACCCCAGACUCUCUGCUCCUGGACGAGAGUCAACACAUAUCCCUCCUCUUUACGCUAUGGAAGAUUCCAAAGCAGGCCCAGACCAUCCGCAUGUGAGUCCCUCUGCCAACACUGUUACAUAAUACAUGCAUAGCUAUGGAAAAGUAAGUUGAAUGUGUGGACCAAGCAACCCCCUGUCCUGGAGUAUAGGUGGUAAAACUGUCUGAUAAUAACCACAAGUCUUCUGUUUCUCCCUCAGCCCCUUGCCUCAUGGCAUCCGCACCAACACAGACGAGGUGUGUCUCUUCACCAGAGACGAGCCCAACAUGACCCCUGACCAGACCCAGAGGUUCUACAAGAAACUGCUGGCCGAUAGAGGGGUCAAGAACGUCACAGAGGUAUUACUAAAUAAUAAUUAUUAUUGAUUGUGUUUAUAUAUAUAUAUUUUUUUUAUUUAACCAGGUAAGCCAGUUGAGAACAAGUUCUCAUUUACAACUGCGACCUGGCCAAGAUAAAGCAAAGCAGUGCGAAAAAAACAACAGUUACAUAUGGGGUAAACAAAACAAAGUCAAAAAUACAACAGAAAAUAUAUAUAGUGUGUGCGAAUGUAGUAAGUUAUGGAGGCAAGGCAAUAAAUAGGCCAUAGUGCAAAAUUGUUACAAUUUUGUAUAAUACUGGAAUGAUAGAUGUGCAAAUAGAGAUACUGGGGUGCAAAUUAGCAAAUAAAUAACAAUAUGGGGAUGAGGUAGUUGGGUGGGCUAAUUUCAGAAAGGCUGUGUACAGGUGCAGUGAUCGGUAAGCUGCUCUGACAACUGACGCUUAAAGUUAGUGAGGGAGAUAAGUCUCCAGCUUCAGAGAUUUUUGCAGUUCGUUCCAGUCAUUGGCAGCAGAGAACUGGAAGGAAUGGCGGCCAAAGGAGGUGUUGGCUUUGGGGAUGACCAGUGAGAUAUACCUGCUGGAGCGCAGACUACGGGUGGGUGUUGCUAUGGUGACCAGUGAGCUAAGAUAAGACGGGGAUUUGCCUAGCAGUGAUUUAUAGAUGACCUGGAGCCAGUGGGUUUGACGACGAAUAUGUAGUGAGGGCCAGCCAACAAGAGCGUACAGGUCACAAUGGUGGGUAGUAUAUGGGGCUUUGGCACUGUGAUAGACUACAUCCAAUUUGGCACUGUGAUAGACUACAUCCAAUUUGCUGAGUAGAGUGUUGGAAGCUAUUUUGUAAAUGACAUCGCCAAAGUCAAGGAUCGGUAGGAUAGUCAGUUUUACGAGGGCAUGAGUGAAGGAGGCUUUGUUGCAAAAUAGGAAGCCGACUCUAGAUGUAUCUUUGGAUUGGAGAUGCUUAAUGUGAGUCUGGAACACCUAGGUAUUUGUAGUUGUCCACAUAUUCUAAGUCAGACCCGCCGAGAGUAGUGAUUCUAGUAGGGCAGGCGGGUGCAAGCAGUGUUCGAUUGAAGAGCAUGCAUUUAGUUUUACUAGUGUUUAAGAGCAGUUGGAGGCCACGGAAGGAGUAUUGUAUGGCAUUGAAGCUCGUUUGAAGGUUUGUUAACACAGUGUCCAAUGAAGGGCCAGACGUAUACAAAAUGGUGUCGUCUGCGUAGAGGUGGAUCUGAGAGUCACCAGCUGCAAGAGCGACAUCAUUGAUAUACACAGAGAAUAGAGUCGGCCCGAGAAUUGAACCCUGUGCCACGCCCAUAGAGAAGGCCAGAGGUCCAGACAACGGGCCCUCCGAUUUGACACAUUGAACUCUAUCUUAUCUAUCUAACUCUAUAUAAUGCUUUUCUAUACACCCGAAGCUCUUACCUCAUCCUCCAAUGCAUCUCCAACAGAUUUACUGUAGUCUGUAGCUAGUGUUUAGUCAUCCAAUGUCAAGUGUACCCCAGCAAACCCUGUCCUCCUGUCAGUGUUGGCCAUGGGCAAUGAUGGUACCAUAGUGACUCAAAGUAUAUCCAGACGGACCUCCCUCUCUAUUGGAGCCUGUCUCUACAACUUUGACACAGUUACCUACUGUGUACACAUGCAAUAAUGAUAAUCAGUGCUUGUCAUUUUUGAUAUGGUCCUUGUUUACUUGUUGGUGCAUGAGACUGGACUCACCCAGGCAUAUCCCUGUGUCUUUCUAUAGGUGAUCCCUUACAAAAUGCUGAGGACAGAGUACAAGCCCUUUGAGGCCAAACGACGGCUGCUGGGGAACUUUGACAUGUUCCUGUCAGACGACCGUAUCCGCCGCCUGCUGUCCUCACACAUCGGCAAGCACUUUUAUGAGAGGAAGAAGUAAGCCUACAAAUGCUUGUAAAUAAUGUAAAUAUGUUCUGUUGGUUGAUCAACUUUUUUAUUUUAGUCGAAUUAUUAAAUCUAUUUACUAAUUUUUGCAUUGGUUCGGAACCUGGUUCACUCGCAGUAUGAAUUGGUUUAAAUCCAGUGCUAUAUGAACCUCAUUCCAGUGAGGCAGGGGAGCAGUAUCAUUUUUCUGCUGUCUCCCUGUUCACUCUCUGGGAACAUCACCACCUUCCGGAGACAUUUGAAACCCCACCUCUUUAAGGAACACCUGGGAUAGGAUAAAGUAAUCCUUCUACCCCCCCCCCCCCCCCCCCCCCCCCCCCCCCAAAAAAAAAGUGGUUAUCCCACUGGCUAUAGGGUGAAUGCACCAAUUUGUAGUCGCUCUGGAUAAGAGCGUCUGCUAAAUGACUAAAAUGUAAAUGUAAUCAACAUAGCCCCUAGUGCUGUUCCCUGGCUUUGAAAUGAUUCAAAUCACAUUUAAGUUGAAAUGUGCCUUCAAGCUUGCCCUUCCGGAGUUCUAAUCUAAUGGAGUGUGUUCUCUCCUCUGCUUAGGGAGCCUUUGUCAGUGAACCUGCAGAGCAAGAAGCUGGCCUUGGACAUCCAGAGAACCAUCCAGGGAACAAUCAUCUCAAUUUCUAAGAAAGGCUGCUGCUGGUGAGGCCUGCUCCCAGCUUGACUUGAUGAAUAAGUGCACCCCAGCAAACCCUGUCCUCCUGUCUGUGUUGGCCAUGGGCAAUGAUGGUGCCAUAGUGACUCGAAGUAUAUCCAGACGGACCUCCCUCUCUAUUGGAGCCUGUCUCUACAACUUUGACACAAAAUAGCAAGUGUCUAACAUUGUUAGUUUGUUCAUAUACUUUAAUUCAUUCACACACUACCUCUUGUAUCAUGUAAUUGAUUGUUUUAGCAUGGCUCGUGUGGCCCACUCUGGGAUGGCUGCAGAUGAAAUAGCCGAGAAUAUCGAAUCAGCUGUUACCACCAUCGUGACCAAACUACGCAUGGUGAGUUUGCUGCCAGGGAUCCUCUUGAGCUCACUAAUUAAUUGUAUCCAGUCACUACAGAUAUUUACACUUUUAUUAUACGUUAAAUAGUCCGGUAUACUCAAUGUUGAAGAAAUGUUUGGGCCCAGUCUGAAAAUCGCCUUGGAUAGCUGUUGUCUGGGGUGAGAUUACUGGGCCUAUAGUACUGAGGUACGUUAAGCUUAUUGCCUGCUCUUUAUAGCAGUGUGAUUAAACCCAUGUGCCUACACCCCACCCCACCUCCACAAAGAAAGGCCUUUGACAAGUGGCCACAAUCAGAGAUGCGAUACACAGCAUAGCAAUACUGUUUGGCAGUACCAUUGAAAAGGUUCCUUUCGCAGAUUCGUUUAUGUUUGAGACUAAAGAUGGCCACCAUCUUGCCUCUUUGCAGAAAGGACCAUUGAUAAAGAUCAUCCACCUGAAGAGCCAGUCAUCAGUGGCUCUGCCCAUCUACACCUCUAACAUGAACCACCUGACCAUCUUAGAGGAGACACAGAAACAGGCCCGCGCAGCCAUGGACGCCAAGGUAGGAUUGCUACACACACAACUGCUUGUAAACAGUAUUUUAAGAUUAUAUUGUAAAUUGAUCAAUUAUCUAUUUUUGUCAAAUUAAAUCUAUCAAAGGACGCGUCUUUGCACUGGUUCGGAACCUGGUUCAUUCACAGUAUGAAUUUUGGUUUAAAUCCAGUGCUAUAUGAACCUCAUUCCAGUGAGGCAGGGGAGCGGUAUCCUUUUUGUGCCGUCUCCCUGUUCACUCUCUGGGAACAUCAACAUAGCUCCUUGUGCCACAUAUUGACUAUGGAAGUCAAUAUCAGAUAUAUGCACGCACGAACGAGCUGGAUCCCACAUCCUCCUGCUCAUAAUGAAUACCUGCAACUUUUGUUUGUCAAUUUCAGAAAAAUGCAAGCAAACAGAAGUCUGCUAAGAAGGAACCGAAGUCUACAGAAAAAAACACAGGUGCUAAGGUGGAGGAACAGAUUCCACAGCUGGUUCCGAUAGUAACGCCAAGCAAAAAGGCUAAACUGGAG